CGACUUGAUCAAAACUUCAUCCACAGACACACGCUAAUCGGGACUGGAUACAAAUAUACAAGAACAAUGCGCCGGUGACCAAUUCCAAAUCCUCCAGCAUGGCGCGCUAUCCUACCUACGAAGAAUACGCCAAGAACGGAAAGUUCAAAGAAGGAAUUGCCCGCUGCGAUCAGCUCUUAUCCAAGAACCCAAUAGAUGUAAGCCUGCUCAUCACCAAACUGCAACUACUUUGCACAUCUCAGCCCAGCUCUCCUCAAGGACCACGGAUACUAGAUCAGUUGGUCGCAACACAGCCGGCAAUACAGGACUUGAACGAGCUUGUUUCCAUCGAAAUCGCUGUGAUCGACACUUUCAAGAACACCUACCCGCAACCUCUUACUGCAGGACCCACGAUCGCCAAACUCUGGGAGAAUGCCUUCAAAGCCAAUACCAAUGUCACAUACAGAUUCGAAUUGUUGACAGUCCGUUAUCAGCGGGCCAUUUACGACAACCGGAUACAGGAUGUGCAGCAGACGUUGAUUCAGCUGAAGCAAUUCCAGCCCAAGAAUCGUUCAAUCUAUAUGGCUCAUGCGGCUUAUACUCAGCUGCUGUCGAAGAGUAAAGAUGACUUGCAGUCGAAACUUGCACUUGGUUUGGCUCGGAAAGCUGUGAGUGAGAAUUUCGACGCGGACUCGAGCCUGGAUUGCAGAGUUGCGGGACAAAUCUUCGCGAUUCAAGGAAGCGAGAAGGACUUGGAGAGCAUACGAGAUCGGCAGGCAUUUCGGGAGAGUAAGCAGGUAUAUGAAGCGUUACAGUUGCAUCGGCAAUCGACGAAUGUUUCCGUGCAAAAACCAGCUGGACCAGAUCCAGAAAAGCAAAGCUCGAGAGAAUGGCUGGAGGCCACAUCAGAAUCACUGAAAUCGCAGCUUAAGAAGAUCGUCGAUGAAGAUGCAGCUGCAUCGGUACUGAACGCCUUCGUGAUUGAUGCCAUUCGGCUAUUCCACACUGCCACCACCAAGCUGGACUUAGGUCAUCGCAAGCGCGCUGCCGCGGAUCCAUGUUUCCUCGCUGUAUCUGGACUAGUGAAGUUAUACGCCGAUUCCGCCAACGACACAUACUUGCUUCAGUCCAUUUUCCUGGCCGAGCAACUGCUCACUUUCGAACCACAUGUGCACGAGGCGCGGCUGAUUCUGGUAUAUCUCUACAUGCGACUCGGCCUUGGCAGUGAGGCAAUGCGUCUUUUUGAUUCGCUCAGUAUCAAGGAGGUACAAUUCGACACUGUUGGACACACGCUGUUCACUCGCAUCAGCACAACACAUCCCUUUCGAACACAACUUCCUUCUGGCGACUACUUCGAGCCACAUGAGCGAACAAACAAGGCACUUCAAGUCCCACCUCGACAUGAGAACAAGCUCUUUGAAACUGAGGCAGCUGUUCUCGAACACAACCAGACCGGAAUGAUCUUCGAGCUGAACGGAUUGCGGGAAGAGAUACGGCACAGCUUCAUGCGAAGAGUCACGCUUCUUGAGCAUCGUCGAACGGCUCGUUUGUCAGGAAAAGGCUACGGCAAAGGAACCAGCGAGAUUGGCCCUCGCGUUCUCGAUGCCUGGACCAACCUCAAGGACAAUCGAGACUUCAAUGCAGCAUUCGACUUUGGCUACGGCGCGGAAAGAGCACUUUAUGCCACAUCCUCUAGCAGCAUCGAGGCGUUCCCCAAGCGAACCUGGCUCCUCUACAAUCUUGCCGCUGACCAAGCCUGGUCUGUUGCAUCCAAACAGAUCCCUCUCCUCCUGGACACGGAUACGAAGAAGCUCAGCGACACCCUCCAGACCGCGCUCGAAUCCCAGUCCGAGCUCACCCCUGCUGAAACACUCUCCGCAUACCUCAUACUCUCUACCCUUCCCGUCCUCUCGAGCAUCAAAUCCAGCGAUCCGCAGCCACCCUCUUCAGAAGCGCUCAAAAGCAUCAGCGCUCAACUCCAACGUCUCAACAUUGAGACCCUCUGCUCUAACCCCUCAUCCCUCACUCAAGGUCUUCAAGCACAUUGUACAUACCUCGACACUCUAAUCAUCCUCCUUCAGACCUGCAAACUCGCAGCUGAGACGCCUUCGCUCUUUACAGAUGAGUUCAAAGCGAUCCGCGACGCAGCAAUGAAGGGCGUGAGAGAUCUGCAAGAGCAUGCCACGGAAGUGGCUUCGUCUUUCAGUGGGAAGGCGAAUGUACGUUUUGAGGAAUUGAUUAGUGGAGGGGACGAUGAGGUGCAAAAAGUGCUAUUGGAAUUGUUCGGCAAAGAGAAAUUGGACGUCUUAGCGCCGAAGUUGCGAGAGAGCGCGAGGGAGGGAUGGAUGGGUGUGGGGAAGGUGGUUCUGCCUGCGGCAACUCGAAGCUGACUUGAGACCAGUCAACAUGAGCGGGCACUUGUCUUAAUGAUGGCAACGCUGGUGAUAGCAUUAGCCUGGCAUGCAUUCACGAUCGGUGGUUGACAGAGAUGGCAAUUGGCGCAUAACCAGAUCUUGCUCUAUACAAUUCAGCAUUGUUGGGUAAUCGACAUGAGUAGAAUGUUCAGAGUUUCAAGAAUCAGUAGAAAGCCC